AUUGUGCCUGUUCACAACAGUGACUGCUGGUUAGAUGAAUGCUUGAAGUCCGUUUGGGAACAAGAUUUUAAAGAAACCAUGGAACUGUCAGUUUUUAAUGAUGCCAGUAAGGACGGUUCAGCUGAAAUAAUUGAAAAAUGGAAGAUCAAGUUGGAAGAUGCUGGUGUUCCAGUAAUCGUUGGUAGUAAUGAUUCAUCUCAACCUCGAGGUGUUGGAUUUGCUAAAAAUCAAGCCAUAAUUCAGAGCUCAGGAACCUAUCUCUGCUUUCUGGAUUCAGAUGAUGUGAUGAUGCCACAGCGGGUUAGACUGCAGCACGAAGCUGCCAUUCAACAUCCGAACAGUAUUAUUGGUUGCCAAGUCAGAAGAGAGCCACUGGAGUCUACUGAGCGGUAUACUCGUUGGAUCAAUAAUCUGACUGAAGAACAACUUCUUACACAGGUGUUUACCUCCCAUGGACCUACUGUGAUCAUGCCAACCUGGUUCUGUUCUCGAGAAUGGUUUUUUCACGUGGGAAAAUUUGAUGAGGGUGGAAAGGGCGUUCCAGAAGAUUUGUUGUUUUUUUAUAAACACAUCCAAAAGGGCGGUGAAGUCUUUCGAGUAAACCGUUGCCUCCUGCUGUACCGUUACCAUCCCCAGGCUGCAACUCAUUCCGUCCUAGAGGGAACCAUCUGGAAUCACCGAGUCAGGUUUCUUGAAGAAAGAGUCCUGAGCUCCUGGACAUCAUUCACCAUUUGGAAUGCUGGCAAGCAAGGCAAGAGGCUCUACAGAAGCUUGUCACCAGCUAAUCGGAAAAAGGUAGCUGCAUUUUGUGACGUUGAUGAAAAGAAAAUAACGAAAGGAUUCUACACUUACGAAGAAUCUGAGGAGAGACCCAGACCAAGAAUUCCCGUAUGUCACUUCAGAGACGCAACUCCACCUUUCAUUAUCUGCGUGAAGCUGGAUUUGACAGGCGGAGCAUUUGAAACAAACCUGAACACGCUGAACUUGAAGGAAGGGGUGGAUUAUUAUCACUUUAACUAA